AUGACGAUUACUACUGUAAGUAAACAUGGAGUAGUAUUCCAUAUUUCCACCGGACAGUGUGGUGAAGGAUCCAUAAUCCCUGUGGAAUAUGUCACCUCUGAGGAAGAGCUCUACCUAGAGGACCAGCCUAUGAAGAAGGAAAAACCUGAAGAUGAAGAUGAACUCAAGAUAAACGAGGGUUUCUCCUGCUUCCUGUGUCCACUUACCUGUACGACCCAAACUCACCUGGAGGAUCACAUCAAGAGCUGCCACGAUGACACAUAUGAGAGUGAACCUGAGGAUCAGACGCCCACCAGCAGCUCCAACAAAGAGAGUAACGUCUGCUCGGAGUGCGGGAAGAGCUUCCGUUCCCAGAGUCAUCUCAGGAUACACCAUGUCAUUCACACCGGAGAGAAACCGUACCAGUGCUCGGAGUGCGGGAAGAGCUUCAAUCGACAUGAUAAUCUGAAAGCUCACCAGCGCAUUCACACCGGAGAGAAACCGUAUCCGUGCUCGGAGUGCGAAAAGAGUUUUAAUCGACGGAGUCAUCUCAAAGCGCACCAGCGCGUUCACACCGGAGAGCAGACUAACGUCUGCUCGGACUGCGGGAAGAGGCUAAGCUCCCAGGGCGCUCUCAAAGUACACCAGCGCAUUCACACCGGAGAGAAACCGUACCGGUGCUCAGAGUGCGGGAGGGGUUUUAUAUCGCACAGUGACCUCAUAAAGCACCAGCGCAUUCACACCGGGGAGAAACCGUUUCAGUGUUCAGAGUGCGGCAAGUGUUUUAACAAUCCCAGUUCUCUGAAGAGACACCAGCGCAUUCACUCUGGAGAGAAACCGCACCGGUGCCCGCAGUGUGGAAAGAGCUUCAUUCAGCCGAGUCACCUCAGAAUACACGAGCUCAGUCACAGCGGAGAGAAACCGUAUCGCUGCUCGCAGUGCGGAACCUGCUUCGCCUAUUUAAGUGCCCUUAAAGUGCACCAGCGCGUUCACACCGGAGAAAAACCAUACUGCUGCUCAGAGUGUGGAAAGCACUUCAGUAAACAGAGUCAUCUCAAAACCCAUCAGCGCAUUCACACCGGAGAAAAACCCUAUCAGUGCUCGCAGUGUGGAAAGUGUUUUAUCUAUCAGAGUCAUCUCAAAACCCACCAGCGCAUUCACACCGGGGAAAAACCCUACAGCUGCUCACAGUGUGGAAAGCAUUUCAGUAAACAGAGUCAUCUCAAAACCCACCAGCGCAUUCACACCGGAGAGAAACCGUAUCAGUGCUCGCAGUGCGGAAAGAAUUUCAUUGACCCGAGUUCUCUCAAAAAGCACCAGCGCAUUCACACCGGAGAGAAGCCGUAUUGUUGCUCGGAGUGCGGGAAGACGUUCGUUGACCUGAGUUCUCUCAAAAAACACCAGCGCAUUCACACUGGAGAAAAACCCUACUGCUGCUCAGAGUGUGGGAAAGGUUUUAAACAACAGAAUGAUCUUAAAAUACACCAGCGCAUUCACACCGGAGAAAAACCCUAUCAGUGCUCACAUUGUGGGAAGAGUUUUAAUCAACAGACUCAUCUUAAAAAACACCUGCGCAUUCACACCGGAGAGAAACCCUAUCAGUGCUCACAUUGUGGGAAGAGAUUUAACUAUCGCAGUCAUCUCACAAUCCACCAGCGCACUCACACCGGAGAGAAACCGUUUUUCUGCUCGCAGUGCGGGAAGGGUUUUACUAACCAGACGUCUUUUAAAACCCACCAGCACAUUCACACCGGAGAGAAGCCGUAUCAGUGCUCACAGUGCAGUAAGUGCUUUUACCAACAGAGUACUCUUAAAAGACACCAGCGCAUUCACACCGGAGAGAAACCGUACCAGUGCUUACAGUGUGGGAGGAGUUUUAAUCAGCACAGUCAUCUUAAGAUUCAUCAGUGCAUUUACACUAAAGAGAAACCUUACUUCUGUUCAGUGUGUGGGAUGACGUUUGCUAAUCAAAGUCAUCUACAAACUCACCAGCGCAUUCACACUGUGCUCAGUUCAGGCCACUGGACCUCCUUCACACCAGACUCAUCAUUUCAUGUCACAAUGUGUAACUUCAUCUUCACCUCAAUGGAUGUACAGAACGAAGAAUUAGAUAAGAAGCUGAUAAAAACGGAAGAGGUUGACGACGAAGAUGACUUUUAUGGAGGAGCACUAAACCCUGUGGGACACACUCCUGAUGAAGGACACAUCACACCAGUGGACCAACAGCAUGGAGGUUUCCAGAAGAAUCCUUUAAAAGAAGAAGAUCCUGAAGAAAUGAAGGAUUCCUCCUGCUCCUCGUGUCCACUGUCCUCUACAACCCAAAAUCACCUCCACAAUCACACCCAGAGACGCCACCAUGACCAACAUGAGACGCUCCUGGAAUCCAGAGAGGUCGACCUGAUGUCCACAAGUUGGUCCAGUGAUCAGCAAACGUCCUCUGGUGCUCCGAGAGUGGACUCCCAGCUUCCACACGGACGACGGCAGAAAGGAAUUCAUCCUUGCUUAGACUGUGGAAAAAGCUUUGGGUGCCAGAGCGCUCUUAAAGUGCACCAGCGCAUUCACACAGGAGAACAACCAUAUUGCUGCGGACAAUGUGGGAAGCGUUUUAAUUUUCAGAGUCAUCUUAAUACCCACCAGCGCAUUCACACUGGGGAAAAACCCUAUUGCUGCUCACAGUGUGGAAAGUGUUUUAAUCAUCAGAGUUAUCUCAAAACCCACCAGCGCAUUCACACUGGAGAAAAACCCUACUGCUGCUCACUGUGUGAAAAGAAUUUCAUUGACCUGAGUUCUCUCAAAAAGCACCAGCGCAUUCACACUGGGGAGAAGCCCUACUGUUGCUCAGAGUGCGGGAAGACGUUCGUUGACCCGAGUUCUCUCAAAAAACACCUGCGCAUUCACACUGGAGAGAAACCCUACUGCUGCUCACAGUGUGGGAAAGGUUUUAAACAACAGACUCAUCUUAAAAAACACCAGCACAUUCACACAGGAGAGAAACCCUAUCAGUGCUCACAUUGCGGGAGGAGAUUUGAUUAUCACAGUCAUGUCAUCAUCCACCAGCGCAUUCACACCGGAGAGAAACCGUAUCAGUGCUCGCAGUGCGGGAAGGGUUUUACUAACCAGACGUCUUUUAAAGCCCAUCAGCUCAUUCACACCGGAGAGAAGCCGUAUCAGUGCUCACAGUGUAGUAAGUGUUUCUAUCAACAGAGUAAUCUUAAAAGACACCAGCGCACUCACACCGGAGAGAAACCGUACCAGUGCUUACAGUGUGGGAAGAGUUUUAGUCAGCAUAUUCAUCUCAAGACUCACCGGUGCAUUUACACUAAAGAGAAACCUUAUGUCUGUUCACUGUGUGGGAGGACGUUUACCCGUCAAAGUCAUCUCCAAACUCACCAGCGCAUUCACACCGGAGAGAAACCAUAUAAGUGCUCACAGUGUGGAAAGAGUUUUAGUCAGCAUAUUCAUCUGAAAACUCACCAGCGCAUUCACACUGGCUAAAAUACACACACAGAUACAUUUCGCUUCCCAAAACCAGCGAUCACCAGGAGUUACAGCUGUCACGUGAUUUAGUAAUGUUUUGUUUGGAAGAAUUGUGUGUUGGGGUCAGUGCACUGGACUUCCUUUACACCAGACUCAUCUUUUUAUGACAAACCAAAUCUGACCAGGCUAAUAUAUUCAAUAUCAACUUAUUCAGACCCGGUGAUAUGAACAGUAUAAGUUAAAUCACACUAUUUCACAAAUAUGAUCAGUAUAAACUAAAGCAGAGUCGAGGGGUCUGACUAAUUUCUGAAUCCAGAUGUUGGCUUCUGCACUGUUAUUUCCCUUCAGGGAUGAAUAAAGUCUUCUCUUAUUCACUGA